CGAGGGAGAGAUGGGGCGAAUGGUAGGAACCUUCUGGAACCACACAACCAAUAAAACGAAGGCUCUUGUACCCUCUCGAUUUUCUCUUCCCUUCUCUUCCCCCAAUUAAGCGCGGUCUCGGUCUCGGUCUCCUCGUGCUGCUCUCCUCUAAAAAAUUCCUGGGAUCCAAUUCGAGAGGGCCUUAUUCAGAAAUGGAGGAUGCUCAGGAUCGGAAUAAUCAAUCCAAUGGUGACCCCUCUCACUCUUAUCCGAAUGAUGAUAAUGAUAUCAUCACUGAGAGUGCCGCAGUUGUGCGUGAUGAACCUCCCCAAGAUGACAAAGGACCCCCGAAGAUUGACUGUGAGAUGGAAGUCCUUCACGACAAAGUCAAGAAGCAAGUAAUUAAGGAGGGUCAUGGUCAGAAGCCGGCAAAAUUUGCGACAUGCUUUUUGCACUAUAAGGCAUGGGUUGCAAACUCUUCACACAAGUUUGAAGAUACCUGGCAAGAACAGCGACCAGUUGAACUUAUCUUGGGAAAAGAAAAGACAGAAAUGACAGGGUUGGGCAUCGGUGUGGCAAGCAUGAAGAGUGGGGAGCGUGCGCUGUUGCAUGUGGAUUGGGAACUAGGCUAUGGAGAAGAAGGAAGUUUUUCAUUCCCAAAUGUCCCCCCUAUGGCAGACCUUCUGUAUGAAGUUGAGCUUAUUGGUUUUGAUGAAGCUAAAGAAGGGAAAGCCCGAAGUGACAUGACAGUAGAAGAAAGAAUUCAAGCAGCUGAUAGAAGGAAAAUGGAAGGAAAUUCUUACUUUAAGGAAGAAAAGCUUCAGGAGGCCAUGCAACAGUAUGAAAUGGCAAUAGCAUAUAUGGGCGAUGACUUCAUGUUCCAGUUAUUUGGAAAAUACAGAGACAUGGCCCUGGCUGUUAAAAACCCAUGCCAUCUUAACAUGGCUGCAUGCAUGCUCAAGCUAAAGAGAUAUUCAGAAGCUAUUGGACAAUGUAGCAUCGUGUUAUCAGAAGAUGAAAACAAUGUGAAAGCAUUAUUCAGACGAGGAAAAGCUAGAGCAGAACUUGGUCAAACGGAUGCUGCCAGGGAGGACUUUCAAAAGGCAAGAAAAUUUGCCCCAGAAGACAAGGCUAUUGCGAGAGAGCUGAGGCUGCUCGCUGAACAUGACAAAGCUAUCUAUGAGAAGCAGAAAGAGAUUUAUAAGGGGAUUUUUGGAGACAGGCCUGAACCCAAACCCAAGAGGUUGAGUUGGGUAGUUGUUUUCUGGCAAUGGCUUGUAUCACUGAUUUGCAGCCUAUUCAAGCGCCGACAGCCUAAAGCUGACUAAGCAUUAUGUGGCACCUCUGCAUGUUUUACAUGUAAACUUUUGCACGUCUGAUUUGCGUGAAGUGAAAUUUUAGUGGGCUACAUGCUAAAGUAGUUUGUGAUGGUGGGACUGAAGUUUGCUUGGAAAGACAGCUCCUUAUAACUUGCAAAUGUGAUAUCAUCUUUCCAGUUAAUCUCUAGGAGAGGGAGGCGUGGAUGUUUUGUGUAAAUUAUCUUCAAAUCCUGAAGAGAUUAAUAACUUUGUAACAUUUGUACGCCAGAUGGAAAAGAAUCCCGAAACAUGCUUUUGUUAUGAUGUUGAAUCUGUAUUUGAGGACAUGGCUUAUGCUGUUUGUUUUA